AUGGUAAGGGCUACAGAUUCGCCCUUCACUGCAGCAGUACUUGAUUGCCCUGUGCCGUCAAAGUUUCGCCUGCCUCAAUUAGAGCCAUUCGACGGACUCAAGGACCCUCAGGAUCAUCUUAAUACCUUUAAGACGACUCUGGGUCUCCAGCAGCUACCUGACGAGAUAUUGUGUCGUUCCUUCCCUACGACUCUCAAAGGAGCUGCAAGGGAGUGGUUUACUAAGUUACCAAACUCGUCCAUAGACAACUUCGAUCAGCUGAGUAGUGCUUUUUUGCGCCACUUCAUAGGAGGACAACGCCCAAGGAGACCAGUAGAUUAUUUACUCACCAUAAGACAGGGAGAGAAGGAGACUCUGAGGUCAUAUGUCAAGCGAUUCACACGGGAAACUCUGGAAGUGGACGAAGCUGAUGAUAAGGUUCAGCUGACGACCUUCAAAGCAGGGUUGAGAUCCAGAGACCUUGUGGCCUCUCUUGCAAAAAACCCCCCGAAGACAAUGGCUGAGAUGCUUCUGAAGGCACAAAAGUAUAUGAACGCGGAAGAUGCUCUAGCUGCCAUAAAAGAUGCUGAGAGACUAGGGGACAAGUCCAAAGGAGAAGACGACCGCAGAGGGCAAAAGAGAGACAGACCAGAACGUCGGAACAACGACGGGAAUAGAAGGAGAGACGACAAAAAUCCUCGUCAGAGACCACGGUCACAACACAGAAGAAUGCAGAGACCUGAAGGAUCAAAUAGAGGAAUUAAUACAGAAAGGAAAGUUACAGAAAUAUGUAAAGAAAGGAGAACAUGGCAAGUUCAGAAACGACAACAGGACCCAACACGAAUCCUUUACUCGGGAUGA